AUGUCUUCAUUAACCCCAUUAGCCUCAUACAACUUGGCCUUAUUGCCAUUCACCCCAACUCAAGCAAUUGAAUCAGAUUUACCAGUCACUGUUCAUUUAACUUUAGCUGCUCUUGAUCCAACUGCUGCUAUUGAUGAUGAAGAACAACCAUCAACUUUAAGAAUCUUGAAGAGUACUGCUUUCAACAGCAUUGACUCCGAUGAUGAAGAUGAAGAUGAUGAAGAUUUACCAGAAGACGAAGAAGAUGCUGAUUUAAACGAAGAUGAAGAUAAAAUUGAAGAAGAUGAUGAUGAAGAAAAUGAUGACGAUGAAGAUGAUGAAGAUGAUGAAGAUGACUUAGAAGAUGAUGACGAUGAUGUUGAAGAAUACGUUGUCUGUACAUUAUCACCAAAAGUUCAAUUCCAACAAACUUUAGAUUUAACCAUCAACCCAGAUGAAGAAAUCUUCUUCGUUGUUACAGGUUCAUACCCAAUUCAUUUAACUGGUAACUUUGUUGAACAUCCAUAUGACAAUGAUGAAGAUGAAUAUGACUCAGAAGAUGAUUCAGAUGAUGAAUACGAUUUAUCACCAGAUGAAGAUGAAAUCAUCGAUGGUGAAGAUUUCGAUAUCAAUGAAUUAGAAGACGCUAGUGAUGUUGAAGGUAAAAUUGAAGAAUUAGUUGAAGAAGAACAAUCCAAAAAAUUAGAAGCUCCAAAAAAAUCUAAGAAAGACAACAAAAAACGUCAAGUUGAAGAAGUUGAAGAAGACGAAGAAGAAGAAAAACCAGCUCCAAAAGAAACUAAAAAACAAAAAAAAGCUAAAAAAGCUGCUGAAGAAGCUGCUGCUAAAGAAGAAAAAAAUGUUAAAUUCAACAAAGAAUUAGAACAAGGUCCAACUGAAUCUAAAAAACCAAAAACUCAAACUUUAGCUGGUGGUGUUGUUAUUGAAGAUCGUGUUAUUGGUAAAGGUCCACAAGCUAAGAACGGUAACAGAGUCGGUGUUAGAUACAUUGGUAAAUUACAAAACGGUAGUACUUUUGACAAAAACGUUUCUGGUAAACCAUUCUCAUUAGUCCUUGGUAGAGGUGAAGUUAUUAAAGGUUGGGAAAUUGGUUUACAAAACUUGGCUGUUGGUGGUGAAAGAAGAAUUAUUAUUCCACCAAAAUUAGCUUACGGUUCUCAAAGUUUACCAGGUAUUCCAAAAAACAGUACCUUAAUCUUUGAUGUCAAACUUGUUACAUUAAAAUAA